AUGGAGAGGCAGUCCAAGCCGUCAGGUGCAGCAAACAAGAAAAGAAAAAAGGAGGAAGAGGAAAAACGAGCCCAAAGUAGAGAUGCAUUGAAAAAAUAUCUGAAGCCACAACAGCAACCUGUAAAUGCUGAAACAAAGGAGUGUGAGGAGGCCUCGGUGUCACUGCCUUCUUCCCAAGUAGAAGAACCAGAAGGAGGACCCAGCACCAGCAGCUGCAGCACACUCAAUGACGAUGUCCCAUUCCCCCAACCUAAAGAUACUUCACAAUCAACCACAAUAGGCACAGCAACAGAUGUAAGCGAGUACAGUGAGUCUGUUACAGCAGCACCCAUUGAUCCUGCUGACUGGUCACCCGAGUUGUCUCAUGGAGAGAGGAUUGAGUUGGUAAGUCGAGGGCCAUAUAAUCAAAUCAGAGUUCCCAUUCCCAAAGAAACAGGGUGGAAGAAGUUGUCAUCACCAAUACUUCUACAGACAGCUAGUGAACGGGGAGAAAAUCAAAAGAACAUGGCUGACAUAUUCCAAGAAAAAAGAUAGUUUAUACUGUUUUUGUUGCAAACUCUUUUCCCAGAAAACAUUUAAACUAAGCAGAGGUGGCUUUAAUGACUGGAAAAACUGCAGUGACUCACUCAAAAUGCAUGAGAACAGUCCAGAACAUACAAAGAAUAUGGGGUCAUGGAAAGAACUGGAGAGUCGUAUUGAAAAGGGGCAAACAAUUGACAAAGUUGAGCUGGCACUAAUAAACAAUGAACGACGUAGGUGGCGAGAGGUACUUCCCAGGUUCGUGGUUAUAAUUCAUAGUCUGGCAGAACGAAAUCUUCCUCUCAGAGGGUCCACAUACACACUUUACCAGCCCAAUAAUGGGAACUUUCUGAAAGAAGUUGAACUCAUGGCUCAGUUUGACCCUGUUCUCAAAGAACAUAUUGCGGAGGUGCCAGUCAUACAUCCUACCUAGGCAAUAUUAUUCAAAAUGAGUUUAUUGACUGCAUCAGUAAGAGGGUUGUGGAGUGCAUGGUGACCGAAAUUAGA